AUGUCCUCCCUGACUUACACCAACCCUCCCGGCGCCUCCCAAAAAUUCUCAGACGAAAGCCACUUCUCCAUGGCCGUCGCCCUGCCGAACGGUAUCAUUAAAUGUUCGGGCCAGGGCGGCUGGGACCCCACCACCGGCGCCCUCGAUGCCAACAACAGCGACGAGCAAAUAGCCAUCGCAAUGAAGAACGUCGACCUAGUGUUGAAAGCCGCGGGACUACGUGGCUGGGAAGAUGUGUACCAUUUGAGGAGCUACCACACUGAUAUUCGAUCAAGUUGGGAUCCGCUAGUCAAGGCACUCAAGGAGAGGAUCCCGGGGCAUCGGCCAUGUUGGACGGCGGUUGCGGUGCCGCAUUUGGCAUUUCCGCAGAUGCUCAUUGAGUUGGAGGUCGAGGCUAUCAAGCAGGGAUAG